UUUUAUCAUCUCUAUUUGUUGAACGCUGUGAUGCCACUUGAUGCCAUUUUUCAAGGUUUGAAAUGGCAGAACACUUGUGCGCAGGAAUCUCAAAUACAACAACAUGUCAGUUUUGCUGUCUCUGACUGGAUAUUUAAGGCGUGACCAGAUAUUUUCUUUGCAACACCAACACAUCUGUUUUCGAUCCUUGGCGAUGAAGAAUUAUCUCAUCCCAAUUGGAAGCGUGUUUUGUGUCUGAAGUUUUCUGUUGUAACUCAGUGAAAUCCACUGGAACCGGGGCACUGAGAACACACCAGCAUUUAUUCACUGGAGAUCAGUUCUUCAACUGUAUUGAUUGUACAACGGAUUCAAAACAUCUGACAUCUGACUUUCUGAAUUGCCAGAGAAUUGAUCGCAGUGAGAUAUCAUUCUCCUUCUCUCAGUGUGGGAAGGGAUUCGCUCACCACCUACCCGCAGACACACCAGUCACAGUCACAGUGGGGAGAGGCCAUUCACCUGUUCUGUGUGUGGGAGGGAACUACUCAGUCAUCCAGCCUGAAGAUACAUUAGCAAGUUCACACCAUAGUGAGAUGUUCCACCUGUUCUGACUGCGGGAAAGGGUUCACAAACAUCAGUGAGUUCACACUGAGAACAUGCCAUUCACCUGCUCAGACUGUGGUACGGAAUUCACAUCGUCAUUGAACUUGAAAGUACAUCGGCGAGUUCACACUGGGGAGAGGCCAUUCAUCUGCUCAGACUGUGGGAAGGGAUUCACUCGGUCAUCUCACCUACUGAGACACCAGUUAGUUCACACUGGCGAGAAACCAUUCAUCUGCUCAGACUGUGGGAAGGAGUUCACUUGGUUACCUGACUUGAAAGUACAUCAGCGAGUUCACACUGGGGAGAGACCAUUCAUCUGCUCUGACUGUGGGAAGGGAUUCACUCGGUCAUCUCAACUGUACGCACAUCAGCGAGUUCACACUGGGGAGAGGCCGUUCACCUGCUGGGAAUGUGGGAAGGGAUUCACUUACUCAUCCACGUUACUGAAACACCAGUUAGUUCACACUGAGGAGAAACCGUUCACCUGUUCCGAAUGUGGGAAGGGGUUUUCUCAGUCAUCCACCCUUGUGAAGCAUUACCGAAUUCAUACCGGGGAGAGGCCGUUCACAUGUUCUGAAUGUGGGAAAGGCUUCAUUCAGGCUGUUCAACUGAAGGAACAUCAGCGAAUUCACACUGGAGAGAAACCGUUCUCCUGCUCAGACUGUGGGAAGGAAUUUAAUCGGUCAUCUCAACUGUACGCACAUCAGCGAGUUUGCCACAGACAGGCACUGGAUAGCACGCAUGCGCUCAGUCCAGGAGCGGCACGGAAGAAUCGGUCGCAGGUAGGAUCAGUUCUCCGCGCAGAGGACAGAGAAUUAAUAGAGAACUGUGGGAAGGGAUACACUCACUCAUCCCAGCUGCAGACAUACCAAUCAGUUCACACUGGGGAGAGGCUGUUCGCCUGCUCAGACUGUGGGAAGGGAUUUACUUGGUCAGCUAAAAUGAAGGCCCAUCAGCGAAUUCACACUGGGGAGAGGCCGUUCACCUGCUCAGUCUGUGGGAAGGGGUUUAUUCGGUCAUCUAAUCUGAAAGUACAUCAGCGAGUUCACACUGGAGAGAGGCCGUUCAUCUGUUCUGAAUGUGGGAAGGGAUUCACUCAAUCAUCUGACCUAUUGGUACAUCACCGAGUCCACACUGGGGAGAGGCCUUUCACCUGUGCAGGCUGUGGGAAGGGAUUCACUCGGUCAUCCAACCUACGGAGGCACCAACGAGUUCAUGCUGGCAUGAUGCCGUUCACCUGCUCUGAUUGUGGGAAGGGGUUCACUCGGUCAUCUAACCUGCUGAAACACCAGUCAGUUCACAAUGGGGAAUGCCCAUUCACGUGCUCUCAUUGUGGGAAGGGAUUCACUCAGUCAUCUAAACUGCUGGCACACCAGGCAGUUCACACUGGAGAGAGGCGAUUCACCUGCUUAGACUGUGGGAAGGGGUUUACUCACUCAUCUAAACUCAAGGUACAUCUGCGAGUUCACACUGGGGAGAGGCCGUUCACCUGCUCAGACUGUGGGAAAAGGUUUACUCGGUCAUCCAACCUACUGAGACACCAGCGAGUUCACACUGGGGAAAUGCCGUUCACUUGCUCUGAUUGUGGGAAGGGGUUCACUCGGUCAUCUGAUUUACUGACACACAAGUCAGUUCACACAGGGGCAAAGCCAUUCACCUGCUCAGACUGUGGAAAGGGAUUCACUCGGUCAUCUGACCUAGUGGCACACCAAUCAGUUCACACUGGGGAGAGGCCGUUCAUCUGCUCAAACUGUGGGAAGGGAUUCACUCGGUCAUCUGAAAUGAAAGUCCAUCAGCGAAUUCACACUGGGGAGAAGCCGUUCACCUGCUCAGUCUGUGGGAAGGGGUUUAUUCGGUCAUCUAAUCUGAAGGUGCAUCAGAAAGUUCACACUGGAGAGAGGUUGUUCACCUGUUCAGUAUGUGGGAAGGGAUUCACUCAGUCAUCUGACUUACUGGUACACCACAGAGUCCACACUGGAGAGAGGCCAUUCACCUGCUCAGACUGUGGGAGGAAAUUCACUCGGUCAUCUAACCUACUUGCGCACCGACGAGUUCACGAUUCAGCUCAAACCAUAUCAUCAAGUUUGCGGAUAAACAACAGUGUUCUUAUCAAGAACAAUGGCGAGAUGGAGUAUAUAGAGGAAGUGGAGCGGCUGGUGGAUUGGUGUGAAGCACAACCCAAGUCUGAGCUUGUAGAAAACAAAGGAAGUCAUCAUGGACUUCAGGCAGUUCACACUGAGAACAUGCCAUUCACCUGCUCAGACUGUGGUACGGAAUUCACAUCGUCAUUGAACUUGAAAGUACAUCGGCGAGUUCACACUGGGGAGAGGCCAUUCAUCUGCUCAGACUGUGGGAAGGGAUUCACUCGGUCAUCUCACCUACUGAGACACCAGUUAGUUCACACUGGCGAGAAACCAUUCAUCUGCUCAGACUGUGGGAAGGAGUUCACUUGGUUACCUGACUUGAAAGUACAUCAGCGAGUUCACACUGGGGAGAGACCAUUCAUCUGCUCUGACUGUGGGAAGGGAUUCACUCGGUCAUCUCAACUGUACGCACAUCAGCGAGUUCACACUGGGGAGAGGCCGUUCACCUGCUGGGAAUGUGGGAAGGGAUUCACUUACUCAUCCACGUUACUGAAACACCAGUUAGUUCACACUGAGGAGAAACCGUUCACCUGUUCUGAAUGUGGGAAGGGGUUUUCUCAGUCAUCCACCCUUGUGAAGCAUUACCGAAUUCAUACCGGGGAGAGGCCGUUCACAUGUUCUGAAUGUGGGAAAGGCUUCAUUCAGGCUGUUCAACUGAAGGAACAUCAGCGAAUUCACACUGGAGAGAAACCGUUCUCCUGCUCAGACUGUGGGAAGGAAUUUAAUCGGUCAUCUCAACUGAAUGCACAUCAACGAGUUCACACUGGGGAGAAGCCAUUCACCUGCUCGGACUGUGGGAAGCGAUUCACUUGGUCAUCUGACUUGAAAGUACAUCAGCGUGUUCACACUGGGGAGAGGCCAUUCAUAUGCUCUGAAUGUGGGAAGGGAUUCACUCAGUCAUCUCAAUUACUGAAACAUCAGCGAGUUCACACUGGGGAGAGGCCAUUCACCUGCUCAGACUGCGGGAAGGAAUUCACAUCGUCAUCUAACUUAAAAGUACAUCAGCGAGUUCACACUGGGGAGAAACCGUUCACCUGCUCAGACUGUGGGAAGGAAUUCACUCACUCAUCCACAUUACAAAGACACCGACGGGUUCACACUGGAGAAGCCCAUUCAGCUGCUGUGAAUGUAGGAAGAGAUUCACUCAGUCUUCCAAUCUUGUGAUGCACUACGAAGCUCACAGUGGUGUGAGGCUAUUCAGCUGCUCUGAAUGUGGGAAGAGAUUCACUCAGUCGUCCAAUCAUCAACCAGAGGCCAGUUGGAGAGAUCUGAAGCUUGAGAGGACAUAAUUCACUCAGGUUCACUGAUUGAAUAUUAAGGGCAGUGACUUGCGGCAUUUUUGUUUUUGGAGUUUUGAGCAGUGGCAAUCAGCAUUUGGGAUUGAUUAGCAAGAACAAAUGAAAGUAAGGCAGGGCAAGUGGAGCAGCCGUCGUCAGAAUGGGGAUUUUGAGGCUUUAGCUCUUGGAGGCUUCAGGGGUGAGAGGUUCCGUUAGAUAAGCUGUAGGUAGAGUUUGUUUGCCCCCUUCUUUACAUUUGCUCAGGUAGAACAGUAGAGGUACCAGGCAGAAUAGUGAAAUGCUCCUCAUGAGGGAUGUAUUAAGGCAGGGAUCCCUCUUUGAGAACUGCAUCUGGCUGCAGCUUCUAACAAUCUGCGUUAAGGAGUUGGAGCUGGAGCUGGAACUGGAUCAACUAUGGAUUAUUCGAGAGGUUGAGGUUGUGACAGAGAGGACGUAUAGAGAGGUAGUUACACCCAAUGUGCAGUGCACAAGAAACUGGGUGACAGUCAUAGGUGGGGGUUCAGGAGCCAGUGUAGAGUACUUCUGUGGCCAUCCCCCUCAACAACAGGUAUAUCACUUUGGAUGCUGUUGGAGGGAUGACCCAACAGAGGAAAGUCACAGUGGUUGGGCCUCUGGAACUAAGUUUGUCUCUGUGACUUAGAAGGAAAAGGGAAAGAAGAGGGGAACUGUGUUGAUAGGUGAUUUGUUAGUUAGGGAAACGGAAAGAAGGUUCUUUGGAUGAGAAUGGUAUUUCCAGAUGGUCUGUUCUCUCCCAGGUGUUAGGGUCUGGGAUAUCUCAGAUUGACUCCUCAGCAUUCUUAAGAGUAAUGUGGUUCUGCAACGGGAGUUCAGGGAGUUUGGCAUGUCCAAGGUUGUGAUCUCAGGAUUGCCACCCAUGCCACAUGCCAGAUAUAGAAAAAUUAUACCGAUUGACACGUAGCUAAGGAGUUGAUGUAGGAGGGAGGGCAUUAGAUUUUUAGAUCAUUUGAGCCACAAGGAUUGUAGUGAGGAUUGUAGUGUGUACAGGAGUGCGAGUGUGUUGGGGGAGAGGGGGCAUUGGUGAUGGACACACACAAACACAUACAGUUGGGGGAAGCUGAAGGGUAAGAGAUGGGAAGGAAGUGAGGUGGGUGUGAGGGAGGGGAUGGAGGAAGAAGAGGGUUAAGGGAUGGAUGUGGAGGGGGAGGAAGCGUGAAGAGGAUUGAGGGGUGGGGCCUAUCCUAUCUGUUGGAAUUCCAGUCCUCUAACUUCCCACUAAUCUCUGCUCUACUAUAUGCCCUCUCUUUGACUUUUAUGUUGGCUUUGACUUCUCUUGUUAGCCAUAGUUGGUUAUGUCAUCUUUCCUUUAGAAUAUAUCUAAAGGAAAGAUGAUACUUCUUUCUAUUUGGGAUGUAUGUGUCCUGCACCUUCUGAAUUGCUUCCAGAAAUUCCAGCCCUUCCCAGUGUUCUUUUCCAAUCAAUUCUGGUCAACUCCUCUCUCACGCCUCUGUAAUUCCCUUUACUCCACUCAAAUUUUGGUGUGAAGUUGAUCAUAUUAUGAUCACUUGUCCCAGAGGGUUCUUUUCCCUUAAUGUUUCUAAUCAAUUCCAGUUCCUUGCACAACAUCAAAUCCAGAAUUAUGGGCAUAAACAUGAGCUGCUCUAAAAAGCCAUCUCGUAGGCAUUCUAGAAAUUUCCCCUCUUGGAAUUCAGCACCAAGCUGAUUUUCCCAGUCCACCUGUAAUUGAAAUUCCCCAUGACUAUUGUAAAAUUGUCCUUUUGGCAUGCACUUUCUAUCUCUCGUAAUUUGUAGACCACAUCCUUACUGCUGGGUAUGGGUCUGUUUAUAACUCCCAUCAGGGUCUUUUCACCCUCGCAGUUCCUCAGCUUAAUCCACAAUGAUUCAAAACCUUCCGACCAUCUUUCUGGUGAUUUGAUUUGAUUUUUACCAACAGAGCCACACCACCCUCUCUGCCUUCCUGCCUGUCCUCUUAAUACAAUGUGUAUCCUUGGACAUUAAGCUCCCAGCUAUAACCUUCUUUCAGCCAUUAUUCCGUGAUGCCUACAACAGCAUACAUGCCGGUCCGCAAGGAUAUCGGAUCCCUUCCGGUUCAGGUGUAACCCGUCCUUUUUGUAGAGGUCCUACUUCCCCAGAAGAUCCCAAUGAUACACAAAUCUGAAGCCCUGCCUCCUGCACCAGUUCCUCAGCCACUUAUUCAUCUGCCAAAUCAUCCUGUUCUUACCCUCACUAGCGCUUGGCACAUUCAGCAAUCCAGAGAUUACUACCCCAGAGGUCCUUUUUUCAGCUUUUUACCUAGCUCCCUAAAAUCUCUCUUCAGGACCUCCUCACCUUGUCUACUUAUGUCACUGGUGCCAAUAUGUACCAAGACUUCUGGCCGCUCGUUCUUGCCCCUGAGAAUGUCAUAGACCCAAUCUGAGACAUCCCUGAUCCUGGCACCUGGGAGGCGACGUACCAUCUGCAUGUCUCUAUCAUGCCCACAGAACCUCAUUGCUGUUCCUCUGACUAAGGAAUCUGUUACCAAUAUGCAGUUCUCUUUACUGCUCUGCUCUUCUGAGACAAAGCACCCGACUCAGUGUCAGAGACUCGGUCACCAUUGCUGUCUCCGGUAGGUUGUCCUCUUCAGUAGUGUAUCUAAAGUUGAAUGGCCACAGGUGUACCAUGCACUGGUUGUGCAUUUCCCCUCCUUCUCCUGACAGUCACCCAGUUAGUUACCUGUCUCCUACAAUCUAAGGACAACCACCUCCCUGUAGUUCCUAUCAGCUCUUCAGUCUCACGUAUGAGUCAAAGGUCAUCGAGCUGCAGCUCCAGUUCCUUCAUACACUCUCACAGGAAUUGUAGCUCGGUGCACCUGGUGCAGAUGCUUUUAUCUGAUAGUCUGGAGACUUCUGAUAAAUAUAAGAAAUAUGUACUUCAAAAGGAACCAUUUGUCAGACACAAAAUAUUGAAAUCAAUAAUGUCAUUGUAGCUUAUGAAAUUGUAUUGAAUCAUCUACUGUUACCAUUCUUCUUUGGAGUAUAAACAUUUGAUUUAGUUAGAGGAUUCUACCGAUAGGGUCUCCAAGAAAAUGACUGUUUGUGGUGAUGAAUAAACAUUUCAUAUCUACAAAAACCUCCGUGUUCUUCAGUGAUCGUCAUACUCAGAACAUUUGGGGGCUUGUCCACGAUCCACCCCUGACCCUAAUGCAUGGCUCUCAAACUCAGUAGUCUAGUGGGGGGUGAGUAUGUCAAAGAACAUGGCAGGGAGCUGGAGAGGCGGUUAAGAAAAUGUAAUGUGUGUGGGUGUGUGGGGGGAGGGGGGUUCUGUGUGCACAUGUAUAUGUUUAUAUGCGUGUGUGUUUCUGUGUGCGAAUAUGUAGUGUUUAUCUGUGGUGUUUGUGUGUGCGCGUGUGCAGUGUUUACAUAUAUAUGAGUGUGUGUGUGUGUGUGUGUGUCUAUAUAUGGUGUAUGUGUGUGGUGUUUACGUUGUCUCUGUGCCGUUGUAUCUGUGUGGCUGCAUCUGUGUGUUUGUGUCUGUCUGUGUGGGUUGGCUGUGUAUGUGGCUUUGUCAGUCUCUGUAUGUCCGUGUGUGUGCAUGUGAGCAUCCUUGUGUCUGGGUGUGUGUGUCAGUAUGCAUCUGUGUCUGUAUAUGUGCAUAUGGCAGUGGCUGUGUGUACGUGUUUGCGUCUUUGUGUGUGUUUCAGUGAAUCUCAAUUGGGUGUAUGUGGUUGUUCCUGUCUGAAUGUGCAUAUGUGUGUAUGUGAUUGUGUGUGUGUGUGUGUGUUUCUGUCUGAAAUUGUACGUGUGGGUGUCUGUUUCUGUAUUUGUGAUACAAUCUGCCAAUCUGUGCAUGUGUCUGCAUAGGCAUUUUUGUGACUGUGUGUGUCUGUGUCUCUGUAUGUUAGUGUGUGCAAAUUUCAAGCUGUCAGCGGAUAUGCGGGUGUGCGCAGAUUUGGAGCUACUGCAUGGAUUUGCGUCUGUAUGUGGGUUUGCAGGUGUGAUGAAUUUAAAGUUUGUAUCAUUUUUACAUACAUUAAUAAUAAAUGAACUUUGUUCUUCCCUUGUUUGUAAAGAUGGAGGUUUUGUGAACUGUCUGAAUUGUUUUGUACUCUAGGAUAAUCUAAUGUAGGGGUGUG